AAAACAACGACACGCCCCGGCAGCCCUUGCGCCCGCUCCCUGUCGCCGCCACUGCCGCCCCGCGGGCCAGCUCGGAGCGCCAGGCGGGCGCGGAGAACCGCCGCUGCCGCCAUGAAGCUUCGCGUCCGCCUACAGAAGCGGACGGCGCCGCUGGAGGUGCAGGGGGCGGAGCCGACGCUGGGGGAGCUGCGCGCGCAGCUGCGCCAGGCCCUGCUGCCCGCCUGGGGGUACAGUAUUGACACACAGUUCUUGAUAACCCUGAACAGCAAGGAUGCCCUCACAGAAGACCAGAAGACCUUGGCUUCAUAUGGGAUUGUUUCUGGUGAUUUGAUAUGUUUAUUACUAGAAGAAGCAGAUGCAAAACCUAGCCUACCUCCUCCCUCAUCUUCUACUCCUCCCCCACUCCAGAAUGGUCAUGAACCGUCCACCUUGAUCCCCAACAAAAGUCAGGCCAGCAGACCAAAAGAAGAAAGGCAGAAUGGGGUACCUGACAACCAGAAAGUUCAGGCAGAUGUUCAGAAGAGUGAUGACAUGGCAAGAUCCAGCCUAGAAUUUGCUUCUGAUUUAGUCCCAGAGGAUGUUGAUUUGGAGGAAAGUACAGGUUCCUAUCCCUCUGAGCCAAUGCUGUGCAGUGAAGCUGCUGAUGGUGAAAUACCGCAUUCCCUGGAAAUGCUCUACCUUUCUGCUGAAUGUUCUAGUGCCACUGAUGCCUUGAUUGUUCUAAUACAUCUUCUCAUGAUGGAAACAGGCUAUGUACCUCAGGGGACAGAAGCCAAGGCAGUGUCUAUGCCAGAGAAAUGGAGAGGGAAUGGUGUUUAUAAACUACAGUACACACAUCCCCUUUGUGAAGAAGGUACUGCUGGUCUGACCUGUGUGCCUUUGGGAGAUCUUGUUGCCAUUAAUGGAACUCUAAAAAUCAACAAAGAGAUUAAAGGUGUGAAGAGAAUACAGCUAUUGCCAGCAUCUUUUGUUUGCUUUCAGGAACCAGAAAAGGUUGCAGGUGUUUAUAAAGACCUUCAGAAGUUAUCUCGUCUCUUUAAAGACCAACUGGUAUACUCUCUUCUGGCUGCUACCCGACAAGCUCUGAACUUGCCAGACGUGUUUGGGUUAGUGGUCCUUCCUCUUGAGCUGAAGCUUCGGAUUUUCAGACUUCUGGAUGUUCGUUCAGUCAUCUCUCUUUCUGCUGUUUGCCGUGACCUUUACACAGCUUCAAAUGACCAACUUCUGUGGAGGUUUAUAUAUCUGCGAGAUUUUCGAGAUCCUAUUGCAAGGCCUCGUGACACAGACUGGAAAGAACUGUACAAGAAAAAAUUGAAACAGAAGAAGGACGCCUUAAGAUGGAGGCAUACGAUGUUUCUGCCCCCUACACCUCAUCCGAUCCCCUUUCAUCCCAACCCAUUCUAUCCUAAUCCCUUUCCUCCCAACCCCUUUCCAUCAAAUCCAAUUUAUCCUCCAAUGAUCAUUGGUGGAGAAUAUGAUGAGAGACCAACACUUCCAUAUGCUGGAGACCCAAUUAACUCUCUCAUUCCUGGCCCAGGGGAAGCACCAGGCCAAUUUCCUCCAUUCAGACCACAUUUUGACCCAAUUAGCUCCUUGCCUGGAGCAAACCCUACACUUCCAGGACGAGCUGGUCCCAGUGACAGGUUUCCACCCAGACCCAGCCGGGGCCGCCCCAUGGACAUUCGCCGUGCGUUCAUUUGACUGCUGUUUUCUUCCUAAGUGAGUUUUCUGGUUUCUGAGCUUGCUUUCUAACUGCAGGAGAUUGCAAAAUGCAGGCACUAACAUCUGCCUUCUCUUCAGAUUGUGGCAAGAAUGUGUGUGCAUGGUUAUGUCUCACCCACAAAGGCUGGAUUUGUUUAUGCUCUAGUGGUACUGCACCAUCUAGGACUAAGGUCUGUUUGGUAAAGAGCUGUGACUUAGAACAGUUUGUGCUGUUUUUUUCCCUUCUCUCUAAUCAUCUGUGAAGUGCUACUUAGAGACCAGAAGGCUACUGGCCUAACACUUGCUGCAUCAGAUAAAGAGCACUUUAAAUACAAAUCUUUUAUUCGUCUGUCUUAUUUCAAGAAUUUUAUUAACUGGCUAGUGCAAAUGACUUUGUUUCAACUCUACCUGGCUAACAGUCUUAACAAAAAAACUUAUGUUCUACAUAGAAUAUGAUUCUACCACUGUUACAUCGGUAGAUAUGAGUUCAUAACAUUUUUUCAAAGAUGACACUUUCUUUUCCCUUUUAUUUUUUACUAGGUAAAAAGCAUUUUUGUUGAUACUUAAUACACAAAGAAUACAAGGAAGGGAUAUUCUUUACAAUGGAAAUAUUAGAGCACGAACCAGUUCAUUUUACAAACAACUGAGUAAACUCAUGCUACAGUGCAACUCAAAAAUCUGAACAGAAGCAAUAUUACAAAGAACCAGCAGCAAAACGUUUGUGUUUCUCCUUGUUUGGACAGAUUGACUUUGGAAAGAAGGAGUUGUAAUACAUAGCUGCAUUUUCUGUGUAUGAACUAAAGCUAGUGCAAAAAUAAAUCUUUCUGCCUAGCUUGCUUAAUGCAGUAAAUAGGCUGAAGUGGUUGAAGUGGAAGCAGGGUUACAGCAGGGAAAGCAGAAUGGGUUCUUCACAGCAGUAAAUUGCAUUUAAUUCCAUUACUGCAGUAUCAAAAUAUAUUGCCAGAGAGAAACAUGUCUUAGCAUGUUAUCAGCACCUUGCAAAUGUUUUCUUAGUAGCUAAUGGACAACUAACAAGACCAUUGUUAAAUGUUCUAAUGAGAUCUGCAGUCCAAUGCUGAAACUGAAUUAAAGGAAAACUGGAAUGAUUAAA